AUGGCGCCUAUAUUUCAUGGUACUCCUCCGCCGGAGAUCAGCAACCAUAAGGAUGACCUUGUAUCAAAGCGUGUUAUCUCUGUUGUUGGAACGGGCGCCCAUUAUCCUCCUCAUGAGCUCCGAUCUGACGAACUCGAAAAGCUAAUUUCUGCAUUCUAUGAUCCUAACGACCCAGGCACACGCAAGACAUUGCGAAUCAAUGGAAAGUCAAGAAUACAGCUCCGCCGUACCGCUGUGCCGCUUGAUGACCCCUUCUGGAGUGACCCGAAGCUACCAGAUAUUGCUGACUGUGAUGUGCUGUUUAGAAAAUAUGGUGUCCCAAUCGCAGAAGAGGCAGCAAGGAAAGCGCUUGCGGACUGGAAUGGCUCUUUGGACGAUGUCACCCAUAUCAUCGUGGUUACAUGUACAAAUACAGCAAACCCAGGACUGGACUACAUGAUUUGUGAAAGACUAGGUCUCCAGAAACAUGUACAACGCACUCUCCUCCAUGGGGUUGGCUGCGCAGGUGGUGCCGCCGCUCUGCGGACGGCAAAUGAACUUCUUCUUGGAGCGACCUUUCAAGGGAAGCCAGGAAGAGCACUUGUCGUUGCAUGCGAGAUUUGUACGAUAUUUUUCCGUUCAAUGCUCGAGGACAUUGUAAAAACCCAAGAAGCAAACGUUGCAAUGACCCUCUUCGGUGAUGGCGCUGGUGCUAUGGUGCUAAGCAAUGGGAUUUGCGCCGAAGCCUCUGAACGAGCUCCUCUCUGGAAUAUUUUGAAUUGUCGUACAACUCUUCUCGAGGAUUCUUCUUCCAGUAUCCAGUUCAACAUACGCCCUCACGGAUACCAUCCAGUGAUCACAAAGGAAGUCCCUGGACAGACUUCCGCGGCGCUUCCUUCCGGCUUUCACGACCUCAUAUCAUCUACCCCCUCAUUAUGUUCAGACAAGUCCAAUUUUGAUCCCUCUUCAUAUGACUGGGCGUUACAUCCAGGAGGUUACAGUAUCGUCGUCCUUGCGCAGAGUGCCCUGGGUAUUACGGAACACCAUUUGCGAAAGACCUAUGAGGUUUACCGAUUGAAGGGAAACACCAGCUCGAGCACUGUAAUCAGCGUUAUUAACGAGCUUGCAAAGGAACAAGGUACAGCCGAAUCUGGACGAGACAAAGUGAUUGUCGCGGCCUUUGGACCUGGUAUUACCAUGGAAAUGGUGGUCAUGGCCCGACCGGUAUAA